AUGUCGCUUCCGGAUAUGAAAGACAACCUCCAGGACGCAUCGGACGAUGUGAUCCCCAAUAGUCUUCCUAUUGACCCUAAUAGUGGGCUUUCUCGAGGUCUACAAACUCGACAUUUGAGUAUGAUGGCCCUGGCAGGAAUCAUUGGACCCGGCCUCCUUGUUGGAUCAGGUGGUGCACUAGCAUCUGGUGGACCUGCUUCACUCCUUAUCGGAUUUGGUGUCAUUGGUUUAAUCGCCUUCUCCAUCAUGCAAUCACUCGGAGAACUCACCACUUUAUAUCCCUCGUCAGGAUCCUUCAUCUCAUUAACCUCUCGAUUCUUUGACCCAGCAUUCAGUGUUGCUGUUGGUUGGAACUACUUUAUAAUUUGGGCGGCUGUUCUCGCUAAUGAGUACAAUACCCUCUCUUCCAUAUUCAUUUUCUGGAGCGAUAAAGUCCCUUUAUGGGGAUAUUUCCUCAUCUUUUGGUUUGCUUUCCUUGGAUUCCAGUUUCUAGGUGUGGCAGCAUUUGGAGAAGCAGAAUUUUGGCUCGCACUCCUAAAACUCGGGGGACUUGUCGCCUUUUUUAUUUUCUCAAUUAUUUACGCCGCUGGAGGUCUACAUGGUCAACAGCACACUCUCGGAUUCCAGUAUUGGCAUGACCCUGGCGCUUUCGCUGAUGGAUUUCGAGGUGUUGCAAAAGUGUUCGUUUUUUGCUCGACAUUUUAUGCAGGCUGUGAAUCUAUUGCAGUGGCCGCGGCUGAGACCCGGAACCCCAAGCAUGCGGUCCCACUGGCCAUCCGACAGGUUUUCUGGCGUAUAAUCUUCAUCUAUAUGGGUUCGGCCCUCUUUUUUGGGAUUACAUGUCCAUGGAAUUCACAAGGACUGGCAAGUGCCGGGUCCAAGGCGUUGAGAAGUCCCAUGACUGUUGCAAUUCAAAAUGCUGGAUGGGAAGGAGGCGUACAUUUGGUAAACGCCUUUAUCUUGGCUACUUGUUUGAGUGCUGUGAAUAGUUCCAUUUAUAUUGGAUCGAGGACCAUUCUCUUUCUGGCACAAGAGGGACAUGCGCCGAGAUUCUUGAGAUUCACGGAUAAGAGAGGGGUACCGAUCUAUGCGAUCGUGUUCACGAAUCUUUUCGGUGCAUUGAGUAUGAUGAAUGUUUCAUCAGGAGCAGGAGCCGCGUACAAUUAUAUAGUCAACCUCUCCGGUGUAUCGACUUUCCUUGUUUGGGGCUCUAUCUCAUUCAUACAUAUUCGGUUCCGUUCCGCUUGGAAAGCUCAAGGAAGAAUACUAUCAGAUUUGCCUUUUGUUUCCUUCGCGUACCCGUAUAACGCCUAUUUUGGAUUGGCAGCAAACGCAUUUUUGGCAAUAGUACAAGGCUGGACUACUCUGAGUCCGUUUAAUGCAGGGAAUUUUGUGGAUGCAUAUAUCUUGUUGGCGCUCUUUCCGCUGAUAUGGUUGGGCUACAAAUUAUGGUUCAAAACGAGUAUUUGGGAUCUGAGAGAGAUUGAUCUUGAUGAAGGCAGGAGAAAUGAUUUGGAUCCUGCUGUGGCGGGAAACUUUGAGAAUUUGGAAAAUGAGAAUGAGAGCGGAGUGGUGACAAAGGCGCCAUUGUGGAGAAGAAUUGUGAAGAAUAUGUAG